CUACCAGGUUUAAAAGUCAUUAGGUUCUGUCCUCAAAAAGUCAGUCGAUAUUUCUGUGAAUUUUUAGGAUGAACCCACUCUUCACUAAACCGGAUACCAAAAAGGAUAAUUUUUACGAAUUGCUUGGCGUUUCUGAAGACUCAUCUGAAGACCAAAUUGUGUUUGAAUAUCGCAUGAAAGCUCGAGAGUUUCAUCCAGACAGAAAUCCAGGAUUGAACACAACUUUAUCAUUUCAGAAGAUUCAAAAGGCUAAAGAAGUCCUGACUGACCGAACUCUUCGUCAUUUGUACAACAUGUGGCUGUCUAGUGAUCUGAGUCUUUCAUUUGAAGAGUAUCUUAAAUUUCAGAAGAAAUUUCAAGAGGUAUUUCAAGUCUUUAUCAGUAAUACUUAGUGUAUGCACUGGAACUCAGAUGCCAAAGAUACACCCCGGAUGUUGGUCGAGGCUUCAAAUAUUG